GUGACCGGCAGCCGCGACAAGACAAUCAAGUUCUGGGACAUGCAAGGCAGGUGUCUGCAGACCCUCGAGGGCGGCCACCAGGCCAGCGUGCUCUGUCUGCAGUACGACGACCAGAUCAUGGUCUCCGGCUCAUCGGACCACUCGGUCGUCGUCUGGAACAUGCACACACUGCAGAUCACAAAUCGCAUGUACGGCCAUGCCUCGGGCGUGCUCGAUGUCAGUUUUGAUGCCCAGUACAUCGCCAGUUGCUCCAAAGACGCCACCAUCAGGCUCUGGAAACGGGCCGACCGCAGCCUCUGUCGAACCUUGACCGGUCACAGAGGCCCUGUCAAUGCAAUCCAGUUCAAGGGCACCCGGCUCGUGUCCGCCUCCGGAGACUCGGUCAUCAAACUCUGGGAUAUGGAAACCGGCCAGUGUCUCAGAGACUUUGUGGGCCAUUCGAGAGGUCUGGCCUGUAUCCAAUUCGACGGCCGACGCAUCGUCAGCGGAAGCAAUGACUACAACAUUAAGGUGUGGGAUGUUGAGACUGGUGAAUGCAUCUUGACAUGUGAAGGCCACUCUGGUCUGGUUAGAGCUCUUCAUUUUGACAAACACAAGAUUGUCAGUGGUAGCUAUGAUCAAAGUAUCCGGGUCUGGGACAUCGAAACCGGCGCCUGUUUACGCAAGUUUGAGAGCUGUCAUUCUAGCUGGGUAUUUGAUGUCAUGUUUGACGCCACCAAGAUUAUCAGUACAAGCCAAGAUCAAAAGAUCGUCAUUAUGGACUUUUCCAAAGGAAUCGACACGGACUUCAUUAUCUAA